AUGAUGUGCCAAGGAUAUUGUACGGGCAAGAAGGAAAGAAAGGCCGUUUGGAGGGAUAUCUAUAGGAAAAAUAUGAGAUUUUUGGAUUUUGUGUCUAAAAAGCCCUAAAAUGUUUGUGUGGAAGUAGUGUCAAAUAUCACGCACAUGUCACCCGCAUUUCACACCGUUUAUCUCCUCGCAUUUCAUUUCUGCCCGCUCGCAUCCUCCAUAACAAUAAUCGUGCGCCUUUUUCGCGCAAACGCACAAUAUAAUUAGCCGCGUGGGGUGGGUCCUGAGCGAAUCGGAUCCGGGCAGGGCUCCAUCAUCAUAAUGGUAAUUAUGAUGGAGCUAUUAGCAACCGGAUAAUAUUCAUUCGCAUUUUACGGAUGAAUGAAUAGAAAUGGAUGGAUUGUGGACGAAAAUUGGAUGGAAUACAACUAUUUUUGCAGGUGCUGCGCUACUGUGAAUCUCUGCACGCACGAUGGAAUCUUCAGGAGAUCCGCGCCAUUUUCCUCCGCCGAUAUUUGCUCCAAAACACGGCGCUCGAACUGUUUUUGGCGUCGAGAAGUACGAUGCUUCCAAUGUUCCUAGAAAUUUAACCAUCCUCUUGCAGCCGCCAUCAUGUUCGCAUUCGAAUCGGAACUCGUCGUCAAAAAUGUCGUCUAUCAAUUGCCGAGAGUCGGAGUUGGUACGUGUAGCGGCUGAAAAACAAUUAUAGACAAAAACACAUGAUUGCAGGCGUCAAAUACGGACUGCCACAAUCGCGUAAAACGUCGUUAAUGACGCCGCGGCAACUGUUCAAGCACUCGGACAUGUGCACGAAAUGGCAGAAACGGGAAAUCUCGAAUUUCGACUACCUCAUGUUCCUGAAUACGGUCGCCGGACGGACGUUCAACGAUCUGAGCCAGUAUCCGGUGUUCCCGUGGAUUCUCACCAACUACACCUCGGAUACACUGGAUUUGGCGAUCCCCGGCAAUUUUAGGGAUUUGUCAAAGGUACGGCGGAGCGUUAAACGGGUUGGUUGGCAACGUCACUUUUCUUGCAGCCAAUCGGAGCGCUGAGCGAGGCGCGUCGCAAGUUUUUCAACGACCGCUACACAAGUUGGGACGACGACGAAGUGCCGGCAUUCCACUACGGAACACACUAUUCGACGCCCGCAUUCACGCUCAACUGGCUCCUCAGAGUGGUAUUCGAUUUUUAGACGCGUUCAAAUUCAAAUUCAAAUUCAAAAAAAAAAAAAAAAAACCGAAUUGUAGGAGCCGUUCUCGUCGAUGUUCAUCAACCUGCACGACGGCAAAUUCGACCAUCCCGACCGGAUCACGCACUCGCUCAAGGACAGUUGGGAGCGGUGCCAACGCGACUCGCACGACGUGAAAGAGCUGAUUCCGGAGCUGUUCUACCUGCCCGAAAUGUUCCGCAACUCGUCGAAAUUCAAUCUGGGCCGCCGCGCCGACGGAACGCCCGUCGAUGACGUCGUUCUGCCGCCGUGGGCCGAGUCUCCCGAGCAUUUUGUGCUCAUGCACCGACAGGCGCUCGAGUCGGAUCUAGUUUCGUGCCAGCUCAACCAGUGGAUCGACCUCAUCUUCGGAUAUAAACAGCGGGGCGCCGAGGCGGUCCGCGCCACCAACGUAUUCUAUCACCUGACCUACGAGGGAACGGUCACCCCGAAAAUGGCGGAGAGUCCCGGACAGAAAGCGGCGAUCGAACAGCAAAUCUCCUCGUUCGGGCAGACGCCGUCGCAGUUGCUCGCCGAGGCGCACCCGCCCAGACACUCUAUUAUGAGCGUCGCACCGGCCAUUUUUAGGUACAGUGAUUUUUAAUGGAUUUGUUUUUGUAUGAGACGUUCAAUGGACUAUUGUGGAUUUGAAAUCUUUCCACUGCUUCCCAAGUUUCUUGAAUUUUCUAGGCAAAAAGUCCGCCCAGGCGUUAUGAAGGCCUGGACUUUUGGACCGCUUGCAAUAAUCCGAUCGGACCGAACUUUACAGGCGUUGUGGGGAGUUGGAUUAACGUAUAUUGAGUAGUCUUUCUGGACCCAUUUAUUGACUUAUCACACGCGUGGGAUGUUUUUGAUUUCAUAUUGAUUCCAUCCGUGUUUUAUUACAUAAAGUAUAUUGGGUCCACGUCUCUGACCGAUCCGGAUCAUCUGGUCCGGAGAUAUACAGGUCGCAUGCCGGAAACUUUCGCAAAAACUCGACUUUUUCGACCUCAAACCAGUAUAUCUCAGUCUGAAACUGGGACUCAAUAGACUUCAAUCCAAUUCCACAAAGCCUGCAAAGCUUGAGUCUGAUCGGAUUAUUGCAAGUGGAAAAAACAUGGGCCGAAUUCUGCCGAGCCCUGGUAGCAAGUAAAUUCUCAAAUGAAACACGAUGCAGACGGCACGAAGACGACCUGUGCAUGAUGAUGAAGUACAUUUCGAACAGUCCGGUCGUCUACCUGGCCGCCAAUACUUUCCACCAACUGCCGCAGCCGACCGUCAUCGGAGUGGCCGCCAAUCUUGUGUUCACCCUCAACAAAUGGGACAAUAGCUACAGUUGUGAGUUCAGCAUUCAAAUGUUCUUAAUGGGAAGUACUCACUUUGUUAUAAACCGUUCAGUGCACUCUGCAAACAGGCCGAUUUCGGGCCGCCUUAUAACUCGCCUCGAAUGCAAAGUUGUGGCUUAUGCACAUGUAUUGUGGCGCAGGCCGGCAAAAUGUCGGUCGCAAAAACACAUUUGUAGAACUGAUCGAGAUCUACAAUCUUAUAUAACGCAUUCUCUGUAAGACUCGAGCAAUGAGGGACAUAGGGAAAGAUCUUUGUGUGAACAUGUAUAUGGGGACAAGUGUGACCCAUGUGCACAAUAUUGGGUCCCAGCUCCGGGCUACGGUAGUACGGUAGGUGCUUAAAGGUGGAAAAAUGAAUUUUUUUGAAAAAAAUUUUAGAAAGCUGAAAUUUUUUUUGUGACUUGUAGAUGUGUAGUGCAUACUUUGUGCAAAAUUCGAACACUUUAAAAAAAUUGUUCUCCGAGUUACGAUGAAAAAAUAUCAUUUUUUUGUGAAUUUUUUGAAAAAAUUCAAUUUUAAGGGUCUUAGUAGAAGUUUCCCGCGGACAUGACAUACUAGAAAAAGGUGUAUUUUCAUCUUAGCUUUCGACAAAAAAAAAGUUCGAGUGAUUUGAACUUGCAGCAGAUGUCGAAACGUUCAAAUUUGUGAGUCCGACUCAAUUAAUUUGAUUAGUAAACUUCUGGAUUCCGUAUAAAACUUUAUAAUAACGACUAGAAAUUGGUUAGAAUUGAUUAAAAAUGUAAUCAUUCGUUAUUUGAAAUAAGAAUAACACCUCGAAAGUCGAAAUUUAAAGUCGGGAAGCAAAAAAAAAAAGUUCACUUUGUAAUGCAACUAUUACCUUUCACCACAAAGGUUGCGUCUUUGGAAUCAUUUAAUUUUAUUUGUAUUCACAUUUUCCAUGUUCUCUAUACCCAGUGCAAGUUUUUUUUUGGUUGCAAGUCGUUUUCUUUUUUAUGCUUUCACGAAGGAAACUGUCUUUCAUGCCGUCCAGGCCAUCAUUCUCAAUUAAAAUGUAUUUAUUAGUACUCACAACUACAAAGUUGGAGAAAUAUUUUCGGUCACCAAGAUUGCAGUUGAGCGUUUUUUGAUAUCUCUGUCCGUUCACGAGUUAUGGUCGUUUCCGAGUGAUCACUCCUAAACUGAUAUUAUCGCAUUCAAGGAGGGGUCCUAACAUUUUGGUCUCAACAUGAAAAAUGUUCAAAAAGAUGCUAAAUAUUGAACGCCGUUGAGUCAGUGUAGAUCCGAUUUUUCUCAAUUUUUUUUACGUUGCAUGGUUGUUUUGGAUCCACUUUUCACUAAAGGGAAAGUUAGUCAGAAAACAAACUUUUGCCGAACAGAACGUAAGAAAUUUGAGAAAAAUCGGAUCAACAUAGACUCAACGGCGUUUGAUAUUUAGCAUCUUUUUGAACAUAUUUUAUGUUGAGACCAAAAUGUUAGGACCCCUCCUUAAAUGCGAUAAUAUCAGUUUAGGAGUGAUCACUCGGAAACGACCAUAACUCGUGAACGGACAGAGAUAUCAAAAAAACGCUCAACUGCAAUCUUGGUGACCGAAAAAUAUUUCUCCAACUUUGUAGUUGUGAGUACUAAUAAAUACAUUUUUAAUUGAGAAUGAUGGCCUGACGGCAUGAAAGACAGUUUCCUUCGUGAAAGCAUAAAAAAAGAAAAACGACUUGCAACCAAAAAAACUUGCACUGGGUAUAGAGAACAUGGAAAAUGUGAAUACAAAUAAAAUUAAAUGAUUCCAAAGACGCAACCUUUGUGGUGAAAGGUAAUAGUUGCAUUACAAAGUGAACUUUUUUUUUUUGCUUCCCGACUUUAAAUUUCGACUUUCGAGGUGUUAUUCUUAUUUCAAAUAACGAAUGAUUACAUUUUUUUAAUCAAUUCUAACCAAUUUCUAGUCGUUAUUAUAAAGUUUUUAUACGGAAUCCAGAAGUUUACUAAUCAAAUUAAUUGAGUCGGACUCACAAAUUUGAACGUUUCGACAUCUGCUGCAAGUUCAAAUCACUCGAACUUUUUUGUCGAAAGCUAAGAUGAAAAAUACACCUUUUUUUCUAGUAUGUCAUGUCCGCGGGAAACUUCUACUAAGACCCUUAAAAUUGAAUUUUUUCAAAAAAUUCACAAAAAAAUGAUAUUUUUUCAUCGUAACUCGGAGAAAAUUUUUUUUAAGUGUUCGCAUUUUGCACAAAGUAUGCACUACACAUCUACAAGUCACAAAAAAAAUUUCAGCUUUCUACGAUUUUUUUCAAAAAAAUUCAUUUUUCCACCUUUAAGCACCUACCGUACUACCGUAGCCCGGAGCUGGGACCCAAUAUUGUGCACAUGGGUCACACUUGUCCCCAUAUACAUGCCCAUAAAAUUUCUAAGCUCUGCCUUCUCUACGGGCCCUAUGUCCACACUCACUGUGACCAUGCUCGUGUCUUACAGAUAAUGCGUUAUAUCUUGUUCCACUCACAACUUUGCAUUUGAAGCGAGUUAUCAGCCGGUGUUUCCCGGAAAUUUUUUUUUUUUUGGGAGGAAAACGGAAACCGGUAUACCAUACAUAGGGGGCGCAACAAAGGGGGCGUGGCCUGACGAAUUUUCUCCCGAUUUUCGCGCGCGCGUGUUUGACGGUCUGUACCGAGGUCCCCAAAUGAAUUACCAUACCCAAAAAGUUUAACUUUAUGUAAUCGACCAUGCUGAAUCCAAUGAACAACUCCAUUUCACGUGAGAACGUACCGUUCUCUUGAAAAACCGCGAAAACGAACAUGGAAGUCAGUCUGAGAGCCUGUGUGGCCAAGUUUAUGGCUACACGCGCCUACUUUUAACUGUUUCCGACAGUUUAAGGGAUGGGGAAUCCGUUUUUGAAGUCAGAUUCGGGCUCCCUAGUACCCGAAAGUUUUUACAGAUCCUCAAACUGCCAGAAAAGUUAGCGGAAAAUUUUCAGCGAUGACCAUACUUUUUUAUUUUUGGAAUCCAUAGAUAAAGUCAAUGGGAACCCAAAUAUAAAUUUUCAGAGCUCUAGACCCACUAGGACCAGAUUUGUGCUCGUUUGAGUAGGGCCCAAUCGGCCGAAAUUGUAGUUUUCGGGAGAUUUGAGGGUCACAGGUACCUUACACGCGGCUAAUUUUUACAGAAUCGGAUUCAGCAUCAAAUUUCCGACCGAUCCAUGUUAAACUUUCUCCUCUACCUAGUACCCGAAAAAAGUUACAGUCAGUUAUGUUAUGGAUUUCAGCCCGCAAAGGCACUAAUUUCGCAGCUGGAAAGGGCCGCGCACAGCGAGCUUCUCUACGCCAAUGGCGGUGGCGCGCCUCCGCCCGGUUGGCGCAGUGGCAAAGUGAUCGCUCGGCAGUCUGGAGGUGCCGGGUUCAAAACUUUUGUCCUCGAAAGUUGUUUAGCUUUUUAAGAACAUCAUGUAUGUUCAUUUUUUUGUUGCAUAUUUGGCUUGGUCCGUCAGAAAAGGACAAAAACCGCGCGCGGCGCACUUGCUGGCGAAGCUCCGCCCCCUCCUCGACCGCCGACCGGGGAGAAAACAGGCCAACUUUGAAGGGGUGUAACUCGGGAUGUACCGAAAAUUUUCGAGAAAAAAGUUGGGAGCGUACUCAUAUAGAGUAGGGGAACACAUUCCAACAAGAAUUUUGUGGAAAUUCGGAGUUUUGCGAAACCCGUUGCGGUACCUAACCAUACAGCUAUGCGAUAUAAUAGCCGAAGAGAUUUCUGAAGGCUCCCUGCUGAAGUCUAAAUUUGUUAAUUUAACAUCGUUCACUCAUUUUCUCUCCUAUUUGCAGACGGCGCGAGCCAACGAAGUGCCCUGUCGAUGGAUCCGUCGAAUGCGGAGGGUCAAGUGUCGCUGCCUCUGACCGCAGACCCCCAAUUGGCGACCGCUUCCUCGGCCACACCGCCCGUCCGCCGACACCUCGGCGACGCGUUCGACCAGCGGCUCACCGUACAAUGCUCGAAUUUUGUGACGACCACCGACAGCAAGUUCAUUUUCGCGUGCGGAUAUCCCGACUACAGCUUCCGCAUUGUCGACACUGAUUCGGGUUAGACGUUUUUUGAAUAAAACAAAUUGCCUCAAGCUGUUUUUCAGGACGAGUGCGUCAAGCGGUUUACGGUCACGGAGACGUGGUCACGUGCAUCGCGCGCAGCGAGACGAGCCUGUUUAGUGAUUGCUACGUGGUGACGGGCAGUAUGGACUGUACGGUCGUACUUUGGCACUGGAACGGAACUGUACGGCCUUUUUAUGUUGUUUAACGAUUUAGUAAAUUGAUCGAUGACAUUAUUUCGUUUCGAAAUGGGAAAUCACAAAGAAAAACCGUUUUUUUUAAAUGCAUUUUGUUUGCAGACGGGCUUCAUCGCGGGCGAGUACAACCAGCCGGGCGAAGUGCCCUCGCCGCGCUCGAUCCUGACGGGCCACGAGGCGUCGAUCUCGGCGCUGUGCGUGUCGGCGGAGCACGGGCUCGUGAUCAGCGGCUGCGAGGACGGCGUCAUCCUCAUCCACACGACUUCGUCCGAUCUGCUUCGACGCAUCAAAGGAACGGGCGCGGUGAGCCAUCUGAGCAUGAGCCGUGAGUGCGUCCUGCUGGCGCUCUUCGACUCGAAACGACUCGUCACCUACUCGGCCACCGCCAGAAAACUCAAUGAAGUACACGUCGAGGAGAAGUACGGUUCUUUUUGGGGGGUUUUAAGCUGGCCUUCUGAAAUUUCGGUUGUUUUCUGGAAUUUUUCGGUUUAAAAAAGUGAUACCCUUCCACAAGUGUUUUUUGCAGGAUCGAAUGCGCGGUGAUCACUCGGGACGGCGAGUUCGCAGUGACGGGAGCGGUGAACGGACGCAUCUCGAUUUGGAGAAUGUUCCCGUUGUGCAAAUUGUACACUUAUCAGGUUGGACAUGCUUUUUUCAAUUUGUUCGUUAUUUUUAUUAAUUUUUCAAAUAUUGCAGCCCCUGAACAGCGCGGUGAGAAGUGUGGCGGUGGUCGCCUCGCACCGUUUCAUCCUCGGAGGACUCGAUUCGGGCGCCAUCGUCGUUUUCAACGCGGACUUCAACCGCUGGCACUACGAGUACAAGAAUCGAUAUGUGCAGACGACGACGAACAAGGCUCAGGCGUCGCCGCAAAAAUGAGACAUUUUUUUGAAUUCUCACUGUUUUCUUUCUAUUGUUCACAGCUUUCCUAUCAAAACACACGGAUCUUUUUCUCCUCAAAAUGGCUCCUAAAACCCUCUAAAUUUCGUGUAAUAAAGUGACUUUUGACUGUGAUUUUUUCGUUGAUCUUCAAGCGGAAUUGCGUUUUUCUCGGUGAAAACAAUGUUUAGUUAAAGGAACAUUCGCCGAAACCGAGCGCCGGGUCUCGCCACGAUUACAGUAAUCGAGCCGACGCCUCGCGCCGCCCUUUUGAUUCUCGUUCAUUUUCGCUGGAUUUCCACGGAUUUUUCAAGUUUUUAUUGGGUAAAGUGUAAAGUUGUUGUGAAUUUCAUAAUAUUCAGGCUAAGAUCUAUCGAGUGAGCCCAUUUUCAAUGAUUAUUUUGCAUUUUUAGGUGAUAAAUUGGCAAAAGUAAAUUUUCCGUCGAAUUCCGGUUGUUUCAUAAGGUUUCACAACAUUGUUGGAUUAACUGACGAUGCUUACUCUUUUUCUUAAUUGUAAAGGUCGAAGCUGUUCAUUCUCUUGCAAAUAUUCGUUUUUAGUGCAAUUUAUACCCAGAAUAUUGUGAAUUCAUACAGUUUUCUGACUUUUAGAUGUCGUUGAGCCGCCUCGCCUCCUCACAGCUCUACUCUCGCGUGUGUGUCGUUGCCCGCGGAGCCGCGACGGCAACCACGACGUCCGACCACAGCGUCAGCUACUUUGAGAAGAUCGCUUACAGAUUCAAAGGCAAAAAUCCAAAAAAAUCGUUAGUUUUACUAUUUUUUGCAGGCAUCCCGCUGCCAACGGAAACCGAGGCUCCGAAAUCGAUGUUCGACGCGUGCAACAAGGAAUGGUCGGCCCCGGAGCUCCUUCCGGCGGUGCCGAAAGAUUUCAAAGAGCAUCCGGACCGCGAUCUCGCCAACUAUCCGUACCCGUCUCGCCCGAUGUACCCGCCAAAGUCGCGUCUUCUGAUGAUGCCCGACUCGUGGUUCACCGCCUUCCAGAGCGUCACCGGCACCUCCGGACCGUAUCUUUUCUUCGGAGGACUCUUUGCGUUCCUCGUCAAUAAGGAAUUGUGGGUGUUCGAGGAGCAGGGACACAUGACCGUCGGAUGGAUUAUUUUCUAUUGGCUCGUCUCCAGAACUGCCGGAUGUACAGUUUUUUCGAAAAAAAAUAAUCGAAAAUUUUCUGUUUUUCCAGACAAAAUCGACGCGGGACUCUACAAGGACUAUCAGGAUCGUGUCGGAUUCUUCAAGGGACUCAUCCAGGAGGAUCUGAAGGAAACUGUCGAGUUCCGCAAAACGUCGGCCCGCCAAACGGAAUCCCUGGCCGCUCUCAAGGAAUCGCUUCCGCUUUCGUUCAAGGAGACGAUGCAUUUGCAAUUGGAGGCCACCUACAGGUAGGCAAACGCGUCCCAUUGCAAAAUUUUCGAAUUCUGGCGGUUUUCUCACUGUUUUUCUUGCAGAAAGAAUGUGCAAACGGUGGCGAGCGAGCUGAAGCGUCGCAUCGAUUACCUGAAAGAGACGGAGGCGACGAAGGCGAGAUUCGAGCGGGAUCAGUUGCUGAAACUGAUCAACGAGAGCGUCGAGAAGCAGGUUUUCCAGAAGGAUUUCCAGGAGAAAUUUCUGCAGAACGCCAUCCAACAGCUUAAGGGAAUCGCCGUUUGA